CGGCUCCGUUUUCGACGCGUUUUCAGACAAUUAUAAUAAAAAAAGUUAUGGAUAAGAGCAAAGAGGCGAACACCGACUGCAAUUGCGGAAGAGAAAUCGACAUAAUAGUGGACUUUGAACUUACCGCGUCGAUAUAUCGUCGUGACAGUUUGACAGUUCAGUCAAUCGAAAUUACUCCGUAUUGGAGGUUAGGAUUGGAUUCUCAGACAAGACACCGAAAACGCUCUAUAGUUGUAUCAAUUCCUGUUGAUUUUCCUCCUGAUCCCCAAGAGUGGAAAGAAUGGAGGGAGAUGCGUACUACUGGAAGCCCCAAGAAGAGAAAUUUCCGGGUUCUUUCUACGAAGAAGACUACAGUCAAUUCCAGAACCAACAACUAGAUUUCAAUCCUCUUGCUGAUUACAACAACCAAGCACUCCCUGGAGAUGUUUCCAAGAUGUAUGACCCAGUCUCAUUCCAAAGUCCAGAAUUUGAAGAGGAACCUCCCCUUUUGGAAGAAUUAGAAAUUUAUCCUGACAGAAUUGUACAGAAGAUGUUGGCAGUAUUAAAUCCUUUUAAGAGUCAUUGUCUGACAGAUGAUGCUGAUUAUUUAAACAAAGAUCCAGAUUUAGCAGGACCAGUAUUUUUCUAUUUAAUUUUAGCAGUUUCUUUGUUUUUGUCUGGGAACAAAGCGCAUUUUGGGUACAUCUAUGGCAUAUCUGUAGUUUCUUGUUUAAUGAUGUAUAGUUUGUUAACUUUAAUGACAUCUCAGAGUGUCUUUAGUGUAACAACUGUUGCUAGUGUGUUAGGGUACAGUCUUAUUCCUAUAAUUGCUUUAUCAAUGUUUGGAGUGUUUUGGUCAUUAAGGGGUUUAUUUGGUGCCAUUCUAGCAACAAUGGCUGUUGUUUGGUCGAGUGUUUCAGCAUCCAGACUUUUUGUGGCCAUUUCUGGCGAUAAAGAACAACAGCCACUGAUUGCUUAUCCAUGCGCACUUGUAUCGGCUGUUUACGUUCUUAUGGUAAUUUUCUAAUUGUCCUUUGUUUUUGUACGUUUUGAGUUAUAAAAUAAAUGGUAUUUAUUGAUUUUUA